GAAUUCCUUUAAAUACAAGAAGAAUAGUGAUGAAAAGGGAACAAACCAAAUCAUUACCGCUCGUAACCUAACCAACUAGCCAUGGCACAUGAGCAAGUCCUAUUUAUGAUCCUCUUCCUUCUCUUAACUAUCCCUCUUAUUCUCUUCCCCACCCUAACCUCAAAACUAUUUCAAUCACACCACCCUCGACUCCCUCCAAGCCCCUUAGCCCUACCCAUCAUCGGCCACUACCACCUCCUCGGCCCUCUCCUCCACCGCACCUUCCACAACCUCUCUCACCACUUCGGCCCCUUAUUCUCCCUCCGGCUCGGCUCUCUCCAGUGCGUUGUAGUUUCCUCCCCGGACCUCAUAAAAGAGUUCCUCAGCACCCACGAGCUCUCCUUUAUAUCCCACGGACAGUCCCUCGCUAUUGAAAGCAUGACCUACAACGCUUCCCUUGCAUUUGCACCCUACGGGCCCUACUGGAAGUUCAUAAAAAAAUUGACAGUGAACGAGCUUCUAAGCAACCGUAGCAUCCACAACUCUAUGCCACUUCGAACCCAAGAGUAUCUAAAGCUUCUAAGGCUUUUGGCCAAGAAAGCUGAGAGUUGUGAACCUGUGAAUCUCACUGAGGAGUUUCCAAAGCUCUGGAACAAUGUGACUGUGGACAUGAUUUUGGGGACAAAGGGUUCCAGCGCAGAAGGAAGGGUGGCGCGGGCGGAGGAGGCGAGGCUGGUGGUGCGGCAGGCCACGAGACUUUUUGGAGAGAUGAGUUUGUGUGACUUUUUUUGGGUUUGUAAGAAGUUGGAUUUGGGAGGGUUUGUGAAGAGAAUUGGGGAUACGCAUAAGAGGUUUGAUGUGUUAGUGGAGAAGAUUAUAAGAGAAAGAGAAGAAAUGAGAAACAAGGAGAAGAAGGAGGAGGUCAAAGAUUUUCUUGAUAUUUUGGUUGAUAUGUUGGAGGAUGAGAGUUUGGAGGUUGAAUUUACAAGAGUUCACCUUAAGGCUCUAAUUACGGAUUUAUUCACGGCCGGAACAGACACAAACGCAAUUUCACUAGAAUGGGCGUUGGCAGAGCUCAUCAAUCACCCAAGGGUGCUCGAGAAAGCGAGGGAGGAGAUCGACCGAGUCAUCGGGAAUAAACGACUCGUCGGAGAACCGGACGUGCCAAAUCUUCCAUACCUCCAAGCCAUCAUAAAAGAAACAUUUAGACUACACCCACCAGUGUCUCUGGUCACAAGAAAAUCUGGACAACAAUGUAAGGUUGGAGGGUAUGACAUCCCAACAAAUACCAUGUUGUUUGUGAAUGUUUGGGCCGUUGGAAGGGACCCGAAGAUCUGGGACUGCCCAUUGGACUUUUGGCCUGAAAGAUUCCUACAACUAGGUUCGGACAACAAGGUGAAUUCAGUAGAUGUGAGAGGGCAACAUUUCCAACUGCUUCCUUUUGGGUCUGGGAGGAGGGUGUGCCCUGGUGUGAACUUGACCAUGAAAAUGCUACCUGGGGUACUUGCAGCUAUGAUCCAGUGCUUUGAUUGGAAGGUUGUCGGGUCCGACCGCAAUAAUAUGAACCGUGAUGAUGUUCUUGAAAUGGAUGAACGGCCCGGAUUUACUACUCCAAGGGCGCAUGAUCUUGUGUGUAUUCCAGUUGCCCGAUUCAGCUCACUCAACAUCCUUGAUCCAUAAACUACAGGGGAAUGGGGGGUUUAAACUCAAGGACCGGUGGAUUGAGGAGGAAGACCUUAUCCACCUGUACAAUCCCCACUUUCGCUAACUCUUAUGUGGUCACAAAAAUAUUAUGAACAUUAGUGUGCUGUAAUGUGUGUUUUCAUUUGUACUCUAAUAAAGAAAUCUUCAA